AAUUGGUAAAAGUAAAAAUAUACUCCGUGAGAGAUAAUAUAUGGAUAAUAAAAAAACAUUUCUUACCAUAUUAAGUACUACGUAAUCCGUAGUUAAAUCACAUUUCUUUGAGUAGAUAAUUUGUCUUACAAAGCUUAAAAAUGGGGCACGUUAAUUACGCUUUAAGAACACGUCGUAGAAGAGAGUAAUGAUCAGGUCCGGAGUUCCUGACCGGAACCGCCGUCCGGACCGCGGCGUUUGGCCGCCUUCCGGGUGGAAUUUUUUGAUGAAAUUUUUAUGACAUGUUUCCAUCAAGUCUAGUUUAUCCACAAAAAAAUUCAGCCCAAAAACUCAAUGGGGAAGGUCGUCAAAUAAUUUUUGCAAGUUAACUGGUCCGGAAAAUACCUAUUCUGGACCAGUUAACUUGCAAAAAUUAUUUGACAACCUUCCCGAUUGAGUUUUUGGCUGAAUUUUUGUGUGGAUAAACUAGACUUGAGAGAAAACAUGUGAUAAAAAUUUCAUCAAAAAAUUAUACCUCACUUUCUUCAUGACAUGAACAUCGGUGCGUAGAAGAAUCCAUAUUUGAAGUAGCAUAGACUAAUCUCUAAUUUUCCAGCCAGCACCGAGUCAAACUAUGACUUUGAAUCAUCUGCUUCAAUGCACUCGUAUUUAUUUAAGCAAGACAAGACAGACGCGAAAGGAGGAUCGGAAGCGCUGAAAAUCAGAAUCGAAUCGAAUUGCGGAGACGUUUGUUUAACGAAUGGCCGGUGUUAUGCCUUUGAAAGAGACGUUCUUCAUUUCUCAUGGGUCGCCAACUCUCUCCAUCGACGAAUCGCUACCGGCCCGCCGUUUUCUCCAAUCUUUCCGGGAGAAAAUCUUCUCGGAGAAGCCCACCGCAAUCCUAGUCAUCUCCGCCCACUGGGAGACCUCCGUACCUACCAUCAACUCCAUCAGCGGCCGCCACGAAACCAUCCACGACUUCUACGGCUUCCCCAAGCAGAUGUAUCAGCUCAAGUAUCCAGCGCCAGGAGCGCCAGAGUUAGCAAAAAGGACAGCUGAGUUACUUCUCUCUUCUGGUUUCAAGAAAGUGGAAAAAGACACCAGACGUGGUUUGGAUCAUGGAGCAUGGGUUCCUCUUAUGCUCAUGUAUCCAGACACUGAUAUCCCAGUGUGCCAGCUUUCUGUCCAGCCAAACAUGAAUGGAACACACCAUUACAAUAUGGGCAAAGCAUUGGCUCCUCUUAAGGAAGAAGGUGUUCUCAUAAUUGGGUCUGGAUCUGCCACUCAUAACUUGCGGACUCUCAGGAGUGAAGGACCUCCUCUUCCUUGGGCUAAGGAAUUUGAUGACUGGCUCAAAGUUUCCCUUUUCAAUGGAAGGUAUGAAGAUGUUAACCACUAUGAUGAGAAAGCGCCACAUUCAAAGCUUGCACACCCGUGGCCUGAACACUUCUACCCAUUACAUGUUGCGAUUGGAGCCGCAGGGGGGGAGCCGAGGGCAGAACUUAUUCACCAGAGCUGGAGCAAUGGCUCCCUCUCCUAUUCUUCCUUCAAAUUCACUCAGUGAUACUGCUUGACAAAUGACAGAUCAAUACCUGUAUAUAUUUAUAAUGUGUUGCAUAUUGCUGUACAGUUCAAUCAAUAAGGGAACCUGUGACAACAAUGGGAUUCAAACUCUGACAUUUUUUAUUUAAUUGAGGCCUAGGUGGUGGUUAUGGUUGCAUUUUGGAAUAUGUUCUUAAUAUAGAGUUUUUGUUUUUGCUAAUGGGUAAUGCGAG